CAAAAAUCAACAUGGCUAAUGUUUAUUAUUGAUAAAUAAUGUGAAGAUUGUUAAAAAUCUUUUUAUUCAAUUAAAUUACGCAAGAAAAUAGGUUUUAAGAAGAAAAAUCUAAUCAGUGAACAUACAGCAACAUUUACGUCAACAGUUAAUUAUGACUGAAACGGAGGCAAAUACUGCACCUGCUCUUCCCCAAAAAAGAUUCUACAGACAAAGGGCCCACUCAAACCCAAUAGCCGAUCAUUGCUUCGACUACCCUUUAACUCCAAACGACAUGGAUUGGUCAAAAUAUUACCCAAAAAAAAUCAACCAGGACCAACCUGACAAUCCUAAAGUAGAAUUAUUGGACAUAGGUUGCGGUUAUGGGGGUUUGUUAAUAGCUCUAUCCCCAAUGUUCCCCGAAAGUCUGAUUUUAGGCAUGGAAAUUAGAGUAAAAGUUUCUGAUUACGUUAUGGACAGGAUUGCAGCUUUGAGGUCCCACAAUCUCUCCGAGUAUCAGAACGUGGCUUGUUUAAGAACAAACGCAAUGAAAUACUUGCCAAAUUUUUUCCAUAAGGGACAACUUAAGAAAAUCUUUUUCCUAUAUCCGGAUCCGCACUUUAAAAAAGCCAAACACAAGUGGAGGAUUAUUAAUAGUUGCUUAUUGGCCGAGUAUGCUUAUGUUUUAAUGGAAGGCGGAAUUGUUUAUACGGUAACUGACGUCAAGGAAUUACAUGAAUGGAUGGUGCAACAUUUUACGCAACACCCUUUGUUUGAAAGAAUCGAAGGCGAGGAGUUGAAUAAGGAUCCUGUUGUUGAGAAACUUUUUAGCAGUACGGAAGAAGGACAGAAGGUUACUAGGAAUAAUGGGGAUAAGUUUUUAGCUGUUUUUAGACGAAUUGCUGAUAAUUUUGUUUGUUGAAUAAAGGUUUAUUAAGCAAUCAUAUAGAGUUAUCUUUUACCUUUACAACAUCAAUAUAAUUUGUG